UUGUGCUGCCUGUGCUUAAGUAAACGUCUUAGAUGAAGGGGAAAUUCAGGUCAAAUCAUGCUGUAAGAUGACAAUGCUUUUGCCAGAAUGUGAUCAGGACUUUGUUCACAAUAGGUAAAACAAUUAUCAAUGGUGACUUAUGUGUCAAGCACCGUACAUAGUUUCUUAUCACAGCGAUGGAGGAAAACAUGGACACAUGAGUCUGACUGGCCAAUAGACAGGUAUUUUUGCCUGGAAAUAUUUUGGAUUAUAACGUCAUAAUUCCAUUGUCUACCAACAUCAAGCGCGAUAUUACAGGGAAUAUAUAUAAACGAAAGAUUAUAAGUCUCCAACAGUAACAGCCUACAUUAUGGGACACCUCCGGCAGUUCCUCGUGAUUCUUCUGGUGUGUGUAUUGAUCCAUCUUAUAACAGCAAGCGGACAAACAUCCAUGGGGAGUCCUGGCAAAACAACUCCUACCAAACACAAAACCACUUCUAGUCCAACUCCUGGCAAAACAACUCCUGCCACACACAAAACCACUUCUAGUCCAACUCCUGGCAAAACAACUCCUGCCAUACACAAAACCACUUCUAGUCAAAAACCUAGUGUAACUCCUGGCAAAACAACUAAUACCACACACAAAACCACCUCUAGUUCAAAACCUAGUCCAACUCCUGGCAAAACAACUAAUACCACACACAAAACCACUAUUAGACCAAAACCUAGUUUAACUCCUGGAAAAACACCUAAUACCACAAACAAAACCACUAUUAGACCAAAACCUAGUCCAACUCCUGGAAAUACAACGAAUACCACACACAAAACCACUAUUAGACCAAAAACUAGUCCAACUCCUGGCAACACAGCUAAUACCACACACAAAACCACUAUUAGACCAAAACCUAGUCCAACUCCUGGCAAAACAACUAAUACCACACACAAAACCACUAUUAGACCAAAACCUAGUCCAACUCCUAGCAACACAACUAAUACCACACACAAAACCACUAUUAGACCAAAACCUAGUUUAACUCCUGGAAAAACAACUAAUACCACACACAAAACCACUAUUAGACCAAAACCUAGUCCAACUCCUGGCAACACAACUAAUACCACACACAAAACCACUAUUAGUCCAAAACCUAGUCCAACCCCUGGCAACACAACUAAUACCACACACAAAACCACUAUUAGACCAAAACCUAGUCCAACCCCUGGCAACACAACUAAUACCACACACAAAACCACUCUUAGUCCAAAACCUAGUCCAACCCCUGGCAACACAACUAAUACCACACACAAAACCGCUAUUAGGCCAAAACCUAGUCCAACCCCUGGCAACACAACUAAUACCACACACACAACCACUAUUAGACCAAAACCUAGUCCAACUCCUAGCAACACAACUAAUACCACACACAAAACCACUAUUAGACCAAAGCCUAGUCCAACUCCUGGCAACACAACUAAUACCACACACAAAACCACUACUAGGCCAAAACCUAGUCCAACUCCUGGCAAAACAACCACUGGUAUCACCAAACCAACCAAACCUGAAUCAUCUCCUUCCAGCAAACCAUCUGGAACCACACCUUCAACUGGCUCAGUUACAGGGAAGGUGACAAUUAUGGAAGUGUACUAUGACCUACCACAAGGUCAUGACCCUGGUGACCUCCCAGAGUUCAUAGAGCUGUAUGGAGACAGAAAUCUGUCCCUGCAGGGCUAUACUAUUGUCCUGUUUGCCGGUGAGGAUAUGAAAGCUGUCUUGAUUGUCUCCCUUGAUCGUUACAGUCUUCGGCAUUCAAAUGGAGCAUUUGUGAUGGCCACAUUCAAUGCUUCCUUCGGACCAGACUUGGUACUGACCAACAAAUCUCUGACAGGUCCAAGUGGUCAAAUCACCAUGGUUACCUUAUACAAGAAUGACAGUUCUUCUUUCACAAGUGACAGUACACCAUCUCGUGAUGGUCUGGUGGAUUAUGUUGUGUAUAGUUCGGGCACCUCUGUCAUGCCAUCGGUCAUUCGAGACUGGAGUCCUGGAUUUAAGGCUGUGGUCAAAGACAGCCAGUAUCCUUACGAAUCGGUCAGCAGAUGUUAUAGCGAUGAACCGAAAAAUCAGCGAGCCUUUACUCUGUCUCAUCCUACUCCAGGAAAACAGAACGCCUGUGACUUGAGAGAUGAUUAUCCAAUUAUCAAUGAAAUCGGCCAUCUUGGAAAGCAGCAUACAUGUUUCAUAGAGAUACAGUUUUCCAACAAUGCGUCGCAGGCCUUGAACUCGUUCUUCCUUGCUAUCUACAGUAAGGCCACCACUGCAGGCCAUUCCAUACAAAAUGUGACCUUUGACCUGUGGAAUGAAAGGAUCAAUGAGAGUGGGUACUACCUUCUGAGUGGAAUGUCUAACGGAUCCCAGACUUUGGAUUGUGGGAAAGCUUUUGUAGAAGGAACCAUUGUUGUGGUGCUUUAUCAGGUGCCUACUGAUCUACGACAUUUCAACAAGAAGUUUGUUGCGGAUGAUACUUACCAGUAUAUCAAAGAUGGAGUAGCUUUCAACAUCUCCUCGGAACGUCUGGACACGACCCUAGCCCAGAUUGUGUUACCCAAGCCACAGGACUACCCCAGGGUUUCUCUCUAUGAGGGAGGACCUCUCUUCUUGUCUGGGAAUCAGUCCCUGUCUUCAUGUGGUAGGUCUGGCUACAAAUUGACUGGCCCUACCCCCGGUGGUCCUAAUCACUGUCCUCCAAUACCAUCGACAGCGCCCCCUGUCACUACGCCAACCACCCACCAUACCGUGAAGCCAAAUCAUGUCUACAUCAACGAAGUUACAUACUCAGCCAAAAACAGUGAGGAGUACAUAGAGUUCAAGGGAGACACACAAGGAGACUUCAGUCACUACUACAUCAUACUGUUUAACACCUGUACCGGGACAAAGCUGGGGGGUGUUCCUCUCAAUCACGGCUUAGAUCAGAACGGAUUUCUCCGGUUUAAUCAUACUUCCACUCACACCUUCUCGGAGACCUUACAGCACACCGGAAGUCUAGCCCUGGGACUGUACACAUAUGAUGUGUCCGACAUCAGUGUCACUGAGGGGCUUUUGGAUGCGAUCGUCAUGGAGACCAGUACAAAACUUAACUGCUCGUUCUUGUCAUUAUCUCUGAAGUACCUGACUCCGAAUGUCAAGAAACCUGUUGUUUUGAGCAAAAAGUAA